UAGUGCUCGUUUGAUUCAAUUUAAAUUCAGUCUGAGUUGAAAGCUUGUCGUGUUUUGGUGUAUCUGGUUUUGCAGAUUUAAGAUAAAGUACUUCAGUUUUCUUAGUGAUCAUAAUGAGCUACAACCAAAGGAUUCUAUUAGCAGGAUGCCUGUUCGCAUUGAUUUCAGGACUUUGUGGACUUGAUGUUCAAGACUGCGGUUCCAAAGCUGGAAAGUUCUCAAAGAUCAACAUUGUCGGCUGUGAUACAUCACAAAGUGCGUGCAUUCUACAUCGAGGAACCAACGCGACUAUUUCCAUUGAAUUUGUGUCUUCUGGAUCCGCCACAGCCGUCAACACAGUGAUUCAUGGAAUAAUCAAUGGUAUUCCAGUACCAUUUCCCUUAAAAAACCCAGAUGCAUGCUCAAAUACUGGCAUAAACUGUCCGUUGAAGCCAGACACUACAUACGAAUAUCAAGCUAUUUUGCCAGUACAGAAAGUGUAUCCAAAGAUUUCGCUCAAAGUUAAAUGGGAAUUGCAAAAUCAGGAUGGUGUAGAUAUCAUUUGUUUGCUGAUUCCGGCCAAGAUUGCCUAAAAUAAUUGGAAUUUGUUGGUGUAAUGACUUAAUGUAUGAUAUUUUUAUAUGUGGUUGUAGGAAGAAAAUGAAAUAAAAGAC